AUGAUGACUGGCGAUACAAUCAAAGAUUAUGAUACCAUUACUCGCGUCAUAACAACAGCUACUCAGAUGUCCACAAGGUAUGAAUAUCUCCCACCACGUCUAUCACCAAGGACCCGGGAUCUCCUCCAGAGACGACGAGAGCUACGUCACGGAGAUAAUGGGAGGGGAAUCGUGGAGUAUGCUGAGAUUUGCAAGCUAGCCCGAAAAUCUAUCCAAGAAGAUUUGCGACAACGUCAUAUUCAAAUAUUUCGUCAAGCCAUCAAGUCCGGACGCCUUCGACCCACAAUUGAGGAAAAGUCAAUUCUACCACCGGAGCAGGCUGGUUUCCGCAAGCACUUCUCGACCAUAGAUCAUAUUCACACUAUUAAUAUGAUUACCGAGAAAUGUCACGAGUUCAAUAUAGAGCUAUGUGCCGUUUUCGUCGAUUUCAAGAAGGCCUUCGAUAGCGUGGAACUUCCAAUGAUAUGGAAAGCGUUGGAGUAUUUUGGUGUGGAGGAGAACUUGAUAAUGGCCAUACAACUGCUGUAUGCACACAGUACCGCUGCCGUCAGAAUAGCGAACCAACUAGCAGAGUUCAAUCUGCAGCGGGGUCAUGAUAGUCGACGAUGUUGCUUCCGUACCACGACCGUCAGCACUAUGGCGUAA